UUGGCCCUGCUACACGCUCAGAAUAACAACACGCAGCAAAGCCAUGGGGCGAGAAAUUGUUCACGUUCAAGCAGGCCAGUGCGGUAACCAGAUCGGUUCCAAGUUCUGGGAGGUGAUCUCCGACGAGCACGGCAUCGACCCCACCGGUGUCUACCACGGUGACUCCGACCUCCAGCUCGAGCGCAUCAACUGCUACUUCAAUGAGGCCUCCGGCGGCCGCUACGUGCCCCGCGCCAUCCUCAUGGACCUCGAGCCCGGAACCAUGGACUCGGUUCGCUCGGGGCCCUUCGGGCAGCUGUUCAGGCCUGACAACUUCGUGUUCGGGCAGACCGGCGCGGGUAACAACUGGGCCAAGGGCCACUACACGGAGGGCGCGGAGCUUAUAGACUCGGUGCUGGACGUGGUGCGAAAGGAGGCGGAGUCUUGCGACUCGCUCCAGGGCUUCCAGCUGACCCACUCCAUGGGAGGUGGGACCGGAGCGGGUAUGGGCACGCUGCUCAUCUCCAAGGUUCGAGAGGAGUACCCGGACAGGAUCAUGUCCACCUACUCGGUCAUCCCUUCCCCCAAGGUGUCCGACACCGUUGUCGAGCCCUACAACGCCACCCUCUCCGUGCACCAGCUGGUCGAGAACGCCGACCAGUGCUUCACCCUCGACAACGAGGCCCUCUACGACAUCUGCUUCCGCACCCUCAAGCUCACCACGCCCACCUACGGUGACCUGAACCACCUCGUGUCGGCCGCCAUCUGCGGCACCACGUGCUCCCUCCGCUUCCCUGGGCAGCUCAACUGCGACCUCCGCAAGCUCGCGGUCAACAUGGUGCCGUUCCCUCGGCUGCACUUCUUCAUGAUCGGGUUUGCUCCGCUGACCUCUCGCAACUCCCAGCAGUACCGCGCGCUGUCGGUGCCAGAGCUGACCCAGCAGUGCUUCGACUCGAAGAACAUGAUGUGCGCCGCCGACCCCCGGCACGGCCGAUACCUGACGUGCGCCGUCAUGUUCCGUGGCCGCAUGUCUACCAAGGAGGUGGACGAGCAGAUGCUCGCCGUGGUGAACAAGAACUCGUCCUACUUCGUGGAGUGGAUCCCCAACAACGUCAAGGCCUCCAUCUGCGACGUCCCCCCCAAGGGUCUCAAGAUGUCCACCACCUUCGUGGGCAACACCACCGCCAUCCAGGAGGUGUGGAAGCGCGUGGCCGAGCAGUUCACGGCCAUGUUCCGCAGAAAGGCCUUCCUCCACUGGUACACCGGCGAGGGCAUGGACGAGAUGGAGUUCACGGAGGCCGAGUCGAACAUGAACGACCUCGUGUCGGAGUACCAGCAGUACCAGGACGCCACGAUCGAAGACGAAGGAGAGUACGACGAGGACGAAGAGCUCGACGACCAGAUGAUGUAAAACGGCGAAGCCAUUUACAUUUUCUUUCACAAGCCUACAACGGACGGUGACAACCACGAAAAAAAGAUGUGCCCGGUUUGCUUGCAGCCGGUAACGGCCGAGGUGCUCAAUAUUUCGGCUUUCCUUCUCAAGGGUGGAAUGAUGUUCGGUGGCACUUUUUUGUAUAUUUACUGAAAAUUGUUGAAAAUUCCAGUAGUUUUUGGAGGGGCCAAGGUUGGUGGGACGCCGUUCGAGGCAAUCUCCCGAGUAAGCCAUCAGAGAAGUAGGGGGGUAUUUCCUAGGUUUCCAUGUGUGCUGUCCCGUCCUUGCCUGGUUUUCCAAUACCAUAUUUUUGUUGCGGUUGCCCGCGAAUGAGUAUAGAUUUAGGACCAGCCCCGGAUAGUCUUUGCGGUUGUUAUGCCGGUGCUGGUUUUGUUCGUGUUUCUGUUGGCCCUUCGUGUUCGUAUUUUGAAAUACUGUCUUGUUUCCCGGAGACAGUAAUGGUUAUCUCGUGGAUGCCGCUGAGGGUGUGUCCCCCUGUUUUCGCUUUGCCGUUACAUCAGAGAUGAACACGCAGUUACUGCGGAGGGUUUUCGAUAUCGGUGGUAGGUUUGAUCAAUAUAAAUAAAUGUUUGCUGGGGGCGAGGGGCGCAUGCUGGGGGUAAGCAUGCUUGGUGUUUUGGGGGUCUUGGCGAUCCUGAAACAGGUUUGCUGGACGUCGAUUGAAGAGCUUGAGGAGAUCCUUUUGUGGUAAUGUGUGGGGAUAACGAGCGACGAGGUAGUUCGUUUUUGUCAACGACACUCGUUGCCUGCUUGGAGAAGAAUCUCGAGGCGGAAACCAAGUUUGAAGCCGGUAAAAGGUAAAGAUGACCAGCGUGGGCAGCAUCCAUCGUGGAAUUUGCGCCGCAUGUUGUGGGUUUUCCGAGACAAAUGACGCUUUCUUUUUUUCUCGGAGUUGCCUGCGACAAGAGUUGGCCGCAGUCCCGGUGGAGGAGAACGCCUUCAUCUGUUUGUGUCUGGAAUUCGUUGCCCAUCAAGACGUCCCGCGUUGAAGUUGACGGAUCAGUUUUUUCCGCUAGAUAUGCGGUUCCCACGAGAGUUUCCCACUUUGUUGUGCCCCUGGAGAGAAAAGAGCCCCGUGAGUGUGCGCCCCUUUAUUGUUGUGGACAUGUUCUUGUCCAUCCUCCGUUUGUGUUCCGUUAGGAUAAGAAAGAGAACGUUGAAGUAGUACCGAGAGACGUCGUUCCAGGUGCACGUUUCUUCCGUUGAGAGCGUUUAGCAUGCCGUAGUUGCCGUAAUGAAGAGUAUUAUGCCUCGGUGGCAAGGCUCGUAGCUUGAUUCCCGUGGUUUGUAUAGGUAGAUCUGGUCUAUGCCAAGCUCCUGUAGUCUAAAAAGCGUGAAGAGUUAGUGCUACGACGAUUGGCAAGUAAACCAAUUUGGAAAACUC